AUGAUGCUCUACACCAAUCUCCGCAGGCCCACGACGCGGGGACAAGUCCUCGCGCAGGAUCCCGUGGCUGAUAUUGGCCAUUCGUGUCGCAUCGCGUUUACGUUGACGACGGACCCGCAGCUCUUCGCGGAGUUCGUCGACCUUCACUCGCAGCUCCUGCCAUUCCCUAUGGUUCUCCUGGCUUUUCUCCAGAGUGGCCCGUUUCGUACAGUUAAGGCCAAUGAAGCGUUUCUCGGCAGUAUCGUACUUGUGCACCGCGAUCCGAAACUGGUCGCGGAGCGAUGCCAUCGAGAGUUGGGACAGCGGGAUGGUUUCCUGUUCGGCUUUCGCAACUUCUGCUGCACAUUGGGUCUGGGCGAGCUUCUUUGCAGUCGGCUGUCUCGCCCGGUUUGA